AUGACCGGUCUGUCGGAUUGGGAAACAGGAAAACCUUACGAAACACCUAUUUCACAAGUUUUCUUUCCUUUAUUGGCAUUUUUAUUUUUAUUAUCAGGAUUUGUUGCUGCUAGUACUUUUUCUGUAAUAAAAGCAAAAACCUCAUUAAUACUAGAAUUAUCUUCGGCUAUUCCUGCUUCACUUUCGUUAGGCUUUGGAACUUUAUUUUUAUUUAUGGCUGUUGGAAUCUACGUUUAA